ACAUUACGCAACGUGAAACGGAUAACACUGCUGCCUCAAAAGUUCAAAAUCUAAAAGAGAAGAAAAAGCAUUUCGUAUCAAGGCCAUUUGAUGAGUGAAAUAUGCUUAAUGAUUCUUGUUCGCUUGCAAUAUUCGCAAUGUUUUCAUCUCGUAAAAAGAAAAUUAAACAUCCAGAGUGCUAAGUUCAACAACCCUUAUCAGUGAAAUGGAGAAAUACGAAAUAGUCUUUUGUGCUUUAUUCGGCAAAUUCUUCAAACAUUUCAGUGCUUUUUUCAUUCAAACAUUGGAAUAUUAUCAUAUGUGAUAGAGAAGUGGUAUUAAGUUCCAAAGCCGAAGUUUUUAAGAUGAAAUUGUUGGAUAUUGUCACGAUAUUUUUCACCAUGGACAUCUUUUUUAUGUGUGUCUCGGAUAAUAUUUUGACCACUGAGCUGCAUAUAAUAAAUAAUAAACUAAAGCAAAAAAAUGAGUCUAAAUAUUUCAGCGAGCAAAAUGCAAAUGAUAUGGAUCAAGUGAGAACAGAUAUAAGCAAUAGAGAAAUCAGCAGUCCUACAGUUAAAUCAAGCAUAACAUCUAUUCAGUUCAACGAGAAGCAAAACGUACCCGAAGCUAAUGAAGAAAGUCAUAUUUUAACAAAAGGUUCCAAUACUUCAGAGAUUUCUUCCAAUUUUAGAAGCAACAGCAAUUCCAAGAAUUCCAAUUUCAGUCACAGCCAUAUUGACGACAAGAGUUUAACAUAUGAGUCUUCAGAAAAUAAUUCUUUCCCUAGAAUGGAAGUAGAAAGUAAGUUUAGAAAUAAUUAUGUUGAAACUAAAUUGUUUGGAAUGACGAAACAUCAAGAACGAAAUAAACCCUUGUAUAAAGAUUUGAAUACAAUAACGACUGAGACAGCUUUACCUGAUAUUUGGUAUGAUACUUUAAAAGGAAAUUUUAGUUGCUCCAUUCAACUGUAUGAAGAUGUCAGUAUUUCCUGCAGUAACAUCUCCAUGUAUGAAAUAUCAGUUUUUUUACCAACUGAUAUAGUGACACUAGAUAUAUCUAAUUGUCUACAGAUUAUUUUAUUGAAGCCAUUGUUUCCCCAUUUAAAAAAAUUAAGGUCGCUUAAGCUGAUCAAUAAUCAUCACAGAUACAUUACAAGAGCUUUCAUGGGUCUUGAAAGUUUAGAAGAAUUAGACUUAAGUAGAAAUAAUAUAAUGGUUGUAAAAGAUGCUUUCACUUAUAUUCCUUUGCUGAAAUCCCUGAAUUUAACGCACAAUUCAAUAAUCAGAAUUGGGACUAUUGCAUCAGCAUUGAAAACCUUAACACAUUUUGAGAAUUUAACUUUGGAUGGAAACACGGACAUUAGAAGUAUAUUAAAAAACGAUCUUGUACCUUUAAAGAGCACAAAACUCAUGUAUCUUAGUCUGUUUAAUACUACUAUUGAAAUAAUCGAGAAAAAUGCAUUCGAUUGCUUACCUUAUCUGAAGAUUUUAGAUUUAUCUGUGAACUAUGUUAAUGAAUUUGCAAUGGCUAAUGUUACCAGUAGUUUAAACAAUACAUCAAUAAAAUUUUUGUUUUUGAGAAAUUUAGUUCUUUUAAACAGCUUUCCUUACGAUGCAUUAAAAUUUCUACAAAAUACAACUAUAUUCCGUCUUGAUCUAGGCUAUAAUUAUUUUCCGGCUGUGGAAAUAUUUCCCUAUAUUCCGUCUUUGGUGUCUCUGUGGUUACCGCGUUGUUCUAUACAAGACAUUAAAAGUGGAGCAUUCAAAGAUCUUCCUAAUCUAAAAGAGCUGGUGCUUAAUAACCACGAAUUAAUAGGAUUUCCUUCUGAAAUAGCGAGGUCUAUAAACUUGGAAGUAUUAGAUUUCCAUCAUCAGAUCAUCAUUUUUCCAUAUCUGAUUUUUAAUAUAAAAGAUUUCAUUUUUGAAAAUAUGACGCAGUUAGAGCAAUUAAAUUUAGCCCAUGUGCCACUAGAUCCUAUACUUUCAAGAUAUGCAUUUUUUGGUUUGUAUAAAUUGAAGCUGCUCAAUCUAGGAGCCACGAUGUUGGAGACUAUUCACGAAUACGCAUUUGAGACUCUUAAGUCUUUGUUAAUUCUUGAUCUGAGAGGAAAUAAUUUACGUUAUUUAAAAAACUACACAUUUUUUGGGAUGCGAAAUUUGAGACAACUUUACCUAAGCCGAAAUAAUUUGAUUUUUGUUGAAAAAUACCUUCCUUUUCACCCCGUGCCAUUACUCAAUGUUCUUUAUAUUGACGAGAAUAAGAUAGAUAGUUUUCCAAGUCAAAUAUUUUCAUCUCUUACUGAUUUAAAAAGCUUGUUUUUGUCGAAAAACAAAAUCGUUCCUUGGAACAGCAAAAUAUUCCACCCUAAUUUGACCAUAAUGAUUUUGGGGUUGUCAGAAAAUCAAAUAACAUAUAUUACCCCAACAAUGUUAACUGAAUUCGGUCAAGUUUCAGAAUACUUAGAUUUAAGAAGAAAUCCUUUCAACUGUAGCGCAUGUGGAAUGGAGGAUUUUCAGGCUUUCUUUAGAGAUUCAAACCUGACAUUUAGUCUACCAGAAGAAGAAAUAGAUGAUUUAGUGUAUACUUGUGUGGAACCUGUCUUUUUGCAAAACCAACCUUUAGGAAACGUCGAAUUACCGGUAGUUAACUGCGAAGUAGAAGAAGCUGCUCUGAUAGGUUUGCUUGCAAUAGUUAUAAUUUGUUUCGUAACAUUGUUCAUUAUGGUAAUUUUACUUGUGUGCUUCUAUUUUCGGUGGUAUGUUCGAUACUGGGUUUUCCACGUCCAAGCUAAGAUGAAAGAGAAGAAAUACAGCUGUGCUUACGAGCCUCGAUAUGAUUACGAUGCUUUUCUCUCUUACAAUUCUGCAAAUACACCAUGGGUUGUAACCUACUUAAUACCUGCACUCGAAGUUCAGGAGCCAAAAUUUAAACUUUGUGUGCACGAAAGGGACUUCAUGGGUUCUCUUAUCACAGAAAAUAUAUUGGAAGCAAUUGAGGCUAGCAGAAAAGUUAUCCUGAUUCUUUCAGAGAGCUUCAUCAAGAGUGAAUGGUGCAUGUUUGAACUGCAUAUGGCUCAGCAUAAACUUUUCGACGACACCAGAGAUGGUCUUAUUUUAGUUCAGUUGGAAAAUAUAAACAAGAAAUUGUACACUAAAAACUUGCUAUACUUGGAGAAAACUAGACUGUGUUUAGAAUGGACAGAGAAUACGCUUGGUCAAAAAUUAUUUUGGGAGCGAAUGCGAAAAGCUUUAGGUCCUCCCAUAAGCAAUAAAUGUUCUGCAUUUGACGCUGUCAUUGUUUAAAAAGAGCGAAAAUUGCAUGCUAUAAUUAAGAAGCAGAAUAUAAUAUUAAACCUGGACGUUAAGAAAAUAUGCAAGCUCUUCGUGGGAAAUUAAUCACGGAAAAGUUUUGAGUUGGAGGAUUUGUGUUUGUUAUUACUUUUAUAAUGUAUAUGCAUAUAAAUAAAUUUUUGAGACAGUUUUAAAAUCCUAUCGCGGAAAAUGCGCAUAACAAGUUUGUUAUAUCUCAAAUAAAAAUACUUUCUAUAUUGUC